GAUUAACGCCCAUAGGAAUAGAAUAGUAUCAUCGACGACGCGAUUAUCACUCUCUCGGUCUCUCUCUAGGGUUUCUUCAGAGCCCUCGUAGCUGCAAAUGGACGUCGCAGCAACUGCCGUCCGGUCACCGGCGAUGGUCCUCGGAAGACCGAUCAACGGUUCCUCCUUUGCUCGGUUUGGUUCCAAUAUUCGGUUCUCCACUAAGCUACGCUGCACUUCAUUAUCUAUCCCCAAACAAGGUCGAAGGAGAGGGUUAGUAGUUAGAGCUUCAUCGUCUUCUUCAGAAUCAUCUGAAUCGAGUGCCAAGAUUGCUCCUCUUCAGUUAGAGUCUCCUGUCGGUCAAUUUCUCUCUCAGAUUUUGAUAAAUCAUCCGCAUCUUGUGCCUGCUGCAGUAGAUCAACAGCUUGAGCAGCUCCAAAGUGACCGUGAUGCUGAUCAGCAAAAGGAAGAGCCUUCUGCUUCAGACACUGAUUUGGUUUUGUACAGGAGGAUUGCCGAAGUGAAGGCUAAUGAAAGGAGAAAAGCUCUAGAAGAGAUCUUGUAUGCAUUGGUGGUGCAGAAGUUCAUGGAUGCUAAUGUUUCUCUGAUACACUCCAUAGCCCCAGAUCCAUCUGGUAGGGUUGAUUUAUGGUCAAAUGAUGAUGGUAAACUUGAGCAGCUUCACUCACUUGAAGCAUAUGAGAUGAUUCAAAAUCACUUGAGUCUCAUUCUGGGUAACAGAGCAGGAGAUUUGACAUCCAUAGCUGAAAUCAGCAAACUCAGGGUAGGGCAGGUCUAUGCAGCAUCAGUGAUGUAUGGUUAUUUUCUUAAACGAGUUGACCAAAGGUUCCAGCUGGAGAAGACGAUGAUACCUCUUCCGAAUGAAACAGAAGAGAAUAGUGUUCAUCAAACUACCAUGGACAAUGCAAGACCUAGUAGUGAAAAGGACACUUCUCAAGUGAUGUCUCAUCCUGAAGUAUCUACCUGGCCUGGUGGUGACGUCAGUCCUGGUGGAUUUGGUUAUGGUAUAAAGGCAACUAGGUUGCGUAACUAUGUGAUGUCGUUUGAUGGGGAUACCUUACAGAGAUAUGCAACAAUAAGAUCCAGAGAGGCUCUGAGCAUCAUUGAGAAGCACACAGAGGCGUUGUUUGGAAGACCUGAAAUUGUUAUAACACCUGAGGGGGCAAUCUCUAAGGAUGAAAACAUCAAAAUUAGCUUUGGUGGUUUAAAGAGACUUGUUUUAGAGGCUGUGACUUUUGGCUCUUUUCUCUGGGAUGUUGAGAGCUAUGUGGACUCAAGGUACCAUUUUGUCUUGAACUGAGGCUGCAUAUGUCUAUCCUCCGCAAAGCCUUGUGCAUUGGGUUGUCCUUUUUAGUUCUGUUUGCUCCCAUACAUCACAAGGCAUAGUUUAUAGUGUUUGGUACUGACUAAUGGAGUAUAUUUAAAUGUAACUUCCGUGUUGAAAAUCCAAAUAUUGUUCACUGGUUGAUCUGUAUAUACUAUAUAGUGAUAGUGGCUCUGGAUUUUGCUGAUGAAAAGAAAGUUCUUGGAGGUAGAUAUUUGCUUAUUUGUUCUUUCUGUUACCCGCAACAAAUCUUUACAAAUAAAUUCCCAGCUUUUGCGAUUGUCAUAUUGCGCAACGGUUAAUUGCUGCUUCUUU